AUGACAUCCAUCCCAAGACCCAGCCAGGAGACGGUUCACAAUCUCGUGAACAAUAAAGUUGCCAUUGUCACCGGGGCAGCCAGAGGAAUUGGCUUUGCGACAGCAUCACUUCUAGCGCAGAAUGGAGCACGCGUGGUACUGGUAGACGUGCGAGAGGGUGACCUGAAAACAGCCUGUGAGAAGAUAGGCUCACGGUCGACAUACAAAGUCUGCGACGUCAGUGACUGGGAUCAACAGAUAGAUCUGUUCGAACAUGUGGUUAAAACAAUCGGUCAAAUCCAUCUGCUGGUCUGCAAUGCAGCCAUCAACCCCGAAAUCGCACUUCUGCAGACAUCCGACCCGCAGAAGCACUCGCAGAUGAACUCACAGGUUCGCUACAAUUACCUGGCCGACGAAAGAGACCAACAGAACUCCAAUACCCUUCAGCGUCCAUCCACAGCGCUUGUGGAUAUAAAUUUGAACUCGGUUAUUUUUGGUCUGAAGUUGGGCAUCCACUUUAUGCACCACGGUCGGAUCGUGGUGGUCGGGUCUGCGGGUUCGUACGUGCCGAUCCCUUCCCAGCCACUCUAUUCCGCCAGCAAGCAUGCCGUGCUGGGCUUGGUGCGUAGCACUGCUCUCAUGCCCGAAGUGGCUCGGUCGGGGGUCUCCAUCUCUUGGAUCGCGCCCUGGUUGACCUUGACCUCGAUGGUGGAAGGAUUGGAGGCGACCACAAACGGCAGCUUGACAAGCUCUCCGGAUGACGUCGCGUGGGCCAUUAUUGCGGCUUGUGCCGCAGAGGCACCAAAUGGCAAGGGGUAUUGGGUCCAGGGCUCUGCAAUCAGUGAGGUGGAGGGGGCUUAUGGCGAGAUGGUGGGACGGUUGAUUUCUCCGGAGAAUCGGUUCUAG